AGGGGAAUGACAAUCUCCCUCUAGUGACAAUAGUGUGAACUUCUUCUACCUGCGAAAAAUGUCAUCUUUUUGGCUUGGCUUUUACGGCAAAAGAGCUUGAUUUUUCGAUUAUGAACAUCGGACGAUUGGAAGAAAGAGACGCUUGUGAGAUUUACCACCAUUUUGUAGCGGCUGUGUAAGGAUGUUUAUACCACUGGUACUGCUGCUGUUCCUGCCCUUUUUGCAAGGAGAGGAUGAAGAUGACGUCAGAGCAGGCUGUAGCACCGCUGUGAAUGACCUGGUGUACAUCAUCGACGGCUCCUGGAGCGUGGGCUACACUGACUUUGCCACCGCUAAGCGCUGGCUGGUCAACAUCACCAGCAGCUUCGACAUUGGCCUACAGUACACCCAGGUGGCCGUGGUCCAGUACAGCGACACCCCCAGGCUGGAGAUCCCACUGGGCCAGCACCAAAGCAGCCAGGAGCUCAUCGGGGCCAUUGGCGCCAUUAGCUACCUGGGCGGCAACACGCAGACAGGCCGAGCCAUCAAGUUUGCCACCGAUCACGUGUUCCCCUCCUCCAGGCGCACCCAAGCCGCCAAGAACCGCAUCGCCGUCGUGGUGACGGAUGGCAAGUCGCAGGACGAUGUGGUGGAUGCCAGUGUAGAGGCCAGGGCCCAAAACAUAAUAUUGUUUGCUGUGGGUGUCGGUAAUGAGAUCACAAACUCAGAGCUGGUGUCUAUCGCCAACAAGCCCCCAUCCACGUAUGUGCUAUAUGCAGAGGACUACACCACGAUGGAUCGCAUCUGGGACGCGAUGGAGCAGAAACUCUGUGAGGAGUCAGUGUGUCCUACGCGGAUUCCAGUGGCCUCGCGGGAUGAGAAAGGGUUUGAGUUGAUGCUGGGUAUGAAGAUUCAUGAGAAGGCCGAGAACAUUCCGGGCUCUCUACUGUCUGAGUCAGCUUACCAGCUGAACCUGGAGGACGACAUCACAGAAAGCACUAGGGAAAUCUUUCCAGAAGGUCUUCCUCCAUCCUACGUGUUUGUGGCCACCCUUCGACUGAAGACCCCAAGAAACCAGGUGACAUUUGACCUCUGGAGGGUGAUUUCCAAAGAUGGUGUCACCCAGGCUGCAGUGACCCUCCGUGGAAGAGAGAGACAUGUUGUCUUUACCACCACGGGCAUCGCUAGUGAAGAGCAAUCUGUCAUUUUCAACAACCGGGGCCUCAAGAAGCUCUUUGAUGGGGGCUGGCACCAGCUGAAGCUCCUAGUUAAGCCUCGGCACGUCGUCUGCUUCCUGGAUGACGUGCAGCUGGAAGAGCGCCCCCUGGAGCAGGCUGCCCCCAUCUACAUCAACGGCAAGACGCAGGUCUCCAAGAAGGUGCGGAGCGAGACCACAGUUCCAAUCGAGAUUCAGAAGCUGAGGCUUUACUGUGACCCUCUGCAAAGUGAGAGAGAGACAGCCUGUGAAAUAUUCUCCGUGGAUGAUGAAAGGUGUCCUCUUGACCGGUCGCCCAGCGAGGAGGACUGCGACUGUCACACUGAUCCCCUUGCCCCCUCCGGCCCUCCUGGUCCUGUGGGUCUUCCGGGAGAAAAAGGAAAGGCAGGACCCCCGGGCCCUGAUGGUAAGCCUGGCAGUCGUGGUGAACAGGGUCUGCCGGGAAACCCUGGGAUGCCAGGGCCGAAGGGUGGGGCAGGAUUGCCUGGGUCUAGAGGACACCCCGGCCUGAAAGGUGACAAAGGUGACGAAGGAAGACCAGGCUUACCAGGACGCCCGGGAGCUCCAGGACCUGUGGGCCCAGCCGGUUCAGAGUUACUUUCAGGCACUGUGGGAAAACCAGGAGAAAAGGGAAGCCAAGGAAUUAGAGGACCUCCAGGUUCGCCAGGUCAGCCAGGACAGAAGGGGGAGCUUGGGGCCCAAGGUAGAGAUGGGCUGACAGGGCCACUAGGACAGAAGGGCGAGAAAGGAAGUCCUGGGUUUCCAGGGGCAGAGGGACCGAGAGGAGUUCUGGGGCUGCAGGGCAUUCCUGGAGAUGCAGGUCCAGCGGGGCCCCGGGGGGAACAGGGCUUGUCUGGGCCGAAGGGACAGAUGGGACUAAAAGGACCUGCUGGGAUGCAGGGUCCUAUGGGUCCACCUGGACGUGAUGGACAUGAUGGUCCAAAGGGGAAUUCUGGGAAUCCAGGAAUUGCAGGUUUCCCUGGAGCUCCGGGACCAAAGGGAUUGCCAGGGGAGCCGGGGCCAAAUGGGUUACCAGGGUCCUUGGGGAUGCCAGGAUUUAAAGGGCACAAGGGUGAAGAAGGAGCACCUGGUUCUAAAGGCAUUAAGGGUGACAGAGGUAGUGAUGGAACUCCAGGGGAUCCCGGGCGAGCCGGAGAAGCCGGACUGAGGGGAAGUAAAGGAGAGAAAGGCACAGUGGGGGAUCCAGGUGUGAGGGGUCCGGAUGGAAAAAAGGGAGAUAUGGGAUUGACUGGAGUGACUGGAGCACGCGGACCUUCUGGCCAGGACGGGCUACCAGGACAGCCGGGAGUGCCUGGAUAUCCGGGGAAACCUGGAAAGCCUCCUUCAGAUGAGCAUUUGAUGAAGAUUUGUAGUGAUGUGCUGCACAAUCAGCUACCUCAGCUGCUGCAGACGAUGUUGCGGCAGGAUUGCCGGCCUUGUGAAAUGACACGGGGGCCCCCAGGUGAACCAGGGCCUCCUGGUCCUCAGGGCCCAAUGGGCCCCCCUGGCUAUCCUGGCAGGACAGGCUCUCAGGGUUAUCCUGGGCCACCGGGCAUGCAAGGACCCCAGGGUAUUAAAGGAGAGGCUGGAUCAAGAGGCUUCAAGGGGUCUAAGGGCGAAGGGCACGUUGGAUUAUCGGGUCCACCUGGGCAAUUAGGUCUCCAGGGUCCUCCUGGUCAAGAUGGUGAGGGACCUCCUGGAUCUCCAGGACACCCAGGCCAGGCUGGCCCCCCCGGCAUUCCAGGAAAGCGGGGGCCACCUGGUCCCUCCGGGGUGUGCGACAUGUCCUUGUGUUACCAGGCUUACAGCUCCAGGGAAACCCGCUUCAGUAAAGGACCCAACUUUUAGUGCAUGCAGAACCAGAAAGAACAUGCUGACUGGUCCUAGAGGCGACUUAACCGUUGGAUUAUAGUGAAGAUAAUAUGAGUCAUAGUUAUCCAUCAUAAAUGGAUAAGUUUAUUGUAUUUAAAACCUGCUGUUGAUGAGGGUCAUAGUAUUAAGGAAACCCAAAUGGCUUAAGUCAUGUACAGAGUUGUGCACUAAUUGGAACACUGCUGCAGGUGAGCUACCUCCUUGCUAGAACAUCUAAGGCAUUUACUGUAUGUGCAGAAUCUAUUCUAGAUUACUUGUGGGUACGAGUCCAUCCAUCCUCAAGUGAAAUGAGUGCAUUUUACUAUUUCCUGUCUUCCUGAUGUUUUUGGCUUUUGGUCUUUUUUUUGGUUUUUUGAUUUAAAAAAUACUGCUAGUAUACAAGUGACAAGUUAUUGAUGUUACAGUAACUUAAAAUGAGUACUGAUGUGUGUAGACUUCAGACCUUAGAGUUUAUGUACGUAAAUAUCACGUUUAGAAUAAUUAACUCUUUGUAACAUAUUCUAUUUACUGUACUCGAUGCAAUUUCAUGCAUAGGUGACAUUCAAAUUUAUUCUCAGGUAUUAAGAUAUCAAAUAUGAUAAUGUCUUUCAAGUCCUAAAAUCUCAUUAGAUACAUUUUGCAAACUUGUGUAAAUUGGUAUUACUUAAAAUUCUUUCUUUUUUUAAGUCAGGUCUAAACAGAAGGUCUUUAAUGAUUUUCAGGUUUUUUAUAUUUUUUAAGCCAGGAACCCCCAAAUUAGUUAUUAACCAUUACCACUAAUCCAUGAUAAAACAAAAGAUUAUGUGUGUCUGUCUGUUAGCGGGGGGGCUGAAAAAGAUCUGUCUCUGGGGUAGAAGUCUCCCUUCGAUAUUUUUGAUAAUUUGAACUCUGUAUAGUCCCUUUACGAAACCACGUGCCCCAAAUGUAAAUCCCCUACUGCACUCUACAGUUCCUCUCUUCUUUUGUCAUAAAACAACACGAGAUACUUUCAGUGGUGUGAAGCAUUUAAGAGUGUACUUUGCAUUAGCGGCAUUAGCUGGUAAGACAAACUCAUAUCAUCAAAUAGGAUUUCGAUUUAAUCUGUGUGCCUCUGUUCCAUAGCAACGUAGCUGGCAAAUUAUUACAAAACAAAAUGCAUCGAGGUUAGUCUUGUACUCACAAUGGGCAGCAUUGUUUUUCAAAUAUCUUGAAGUUUCAUAGUAUUUUUUUUUAUUAUAUUAAGCUAUGGAGCUGAAGAUACAUUUAAAAAGAUUAGUAGUAAGACUAUUUCUUUGUAUAUUACUAUAAAUCAACUUAAUAAGUACGCAAAACUAUAAAUUUAGUUAAAAUAAAUUAUUUAAUAAAUCAUUAUCGACAUCAGUAACAUAGAAUACUGCAGUACUCCAGCUUUUGUAUAUUGUCCGAAAUAAACUGACACCUGCACACUCACCUUUUAAAAUGUGAAUUUCAGUCAUGAAGAACACAAUUUCCUAUAAAAUGCACAAUGUAAUUGUAAUCAUUUUUGUUAUUUCAUAUUAUGGCGCAGUCAGAACGAUAUCAAUGUCGAUGUUAUUUCAUAUCUACAUUCUGAUAACCAGGUUAUAAAAUAGUACUACAUAAGUGAUUAACAUAAUGGUACAAUUGUCUUGAUGACCUCAAAAACUGCUAUUCAUAUCAUUGGGGAAGUGGGUAAAAUGAGCAAUACUGUAGCAGGUUUUGUUCUUCAUUUGUGAGGAUCUUUUUGUGAGUAACCAGAUUGUUUUGAAAUGCUCAUCGUCAAUCCUGUGCAGUUGUAAAGAACAAUAUAAAAUUUCAUAUAAACAUCUAGUGGGGAAUUCUGAUUUUUUUCUGUGAGGAAUCAUAAUAGAGGGAAAGGUGUCCUGGUGAUCCAUAGUAGAAAAGGAAACAUUGAAACAUCAGGAUUGGACCUCAGAAGCAAUCUAGCUUGGCCCGGUGUUUCCCAAUCCGGUCCACAAGGACCCACAGCCGGUCCACAUUUUUGCUUCCUCUGAGCCUCUCCCAGACAGUUCACAUUUUUUCUUCCUCCCAGCUAGCAAAGAUGUAGGCAGUCUGUGGCUCCCCAAGGACCAGAUUGGGAAACACUGGCUUGGCCUACUUAAAUUAAAAUCUUGGCUGUCAAACCUCCUUGUACCUUACACAUUACAAUGGCCUAAGUGAUAUUCUGUCAAGAGAUUAAAAAUUAAAUGAACAAUACCCCGGACACAUUAAUGAGGUAUUGCUAAAGCUGAAUGAUAUUGUGGGAAAUAUAGGGAAAGUAUGGAUGUUUCUGGGAGUUGGAAUCUAAGGAACUGGCCCCUGUGUAGCCCCUCAUUAAGAAUAAGACAAGUUUCCUGUGUGCUUGAGAGAGGAAAGAUUGUGAGCAAUGGAAGACCUUAAAGUUAGAGGGUGAAUGUUUUUUAGAUAUUGUUCAGAUUUCUUACCCAAAGUAUCCCAAAAGUGUCAAUAAACCCCCUUAUUCCACCUUCUAGUCCUAUGCCCCGUGGAUCUCUUUGCCAGUCAGAAGAACCACAGGUUAUUCCACACACUUUUAUUGAAACUACUUGUGACCAAACAGGUGGAAGAUGAAUAGAUGGAUUUAGAUUUUGCCCUGGGGUGGCACAGCGCUCAGCACUGGUGCCUCACACCUCUUGCACUGGGGUUCAAGUCUCCUCCUGGGUUCUAGGUGCAUGGGCUUUGCUUGUUCUCCCUGUGUCAUUGUGCACUUUCCUCUGGGUACUCCGGUUUCCCCCCACAAUCCAAAAACAUGCUGAGGUUAACUGGAGUUACUAAAUUGUCCAUAGGUGUGUGUGUGAAUGGUGUGUGAUUGUGCCCUGCGAUGGGUUGGAGCCCCACCUUGGGUUGUUCCCUGCCUUGCCCCUGUAUCCUCUGGGAUGGGCUCUGGAUCUCCUGUGACCUUGAAUAGGGCAAGUGGUUACACAAAAUGCAUGGACGAUUCUGGCCUUAUAUUAUUCUGGCUGCCUCUGCAGUACAGUAACUUAUUUAAUACAUUUAUGCACCAUAAAAAGCCUUUCUGAUUGGUAGAAAUGAGGAAGAUUUUACCUGUGUUGUCUUUAUUUGCUGACAUUGUGACACUGACCAGACAAUGUGGUGUGGAUGCUGAGUAAUACAUAACUAUCAUAUGGAAGUCUGAUAUGAUGUGUCAUCUGCUACAUUCCCUGGUUUGUAGUAAUGAAAUACAGUAUGUAAGGGUAGGCUGAAUGUUCUGCAGGACAGCCUGGUAGAACCAGAAUGCAAAUGUCUGUAAAUUUUGCUGUUGCCACAGGGAACUUGGGAUAAUAAGAAGAUUAAAUGUGUUGCUAAUAUCUUGGCCUCCCUGGAAUAUUUGAUGAUUACUUAAACAUGACGUGGGGGGAGAGUGGCUGUCGCAAGGUAGUCUCAAUAAGAAAGCACAUGUUGUGCCUCAGGGGAAAUGCAACAUGUCUUACAUCAAACAAAACACAUGCUACAAACAAAAAAUACAAACUCCUUACUAAUUUUAAAACCCUAAUCUGCAACACUAAUCACAGAU